CACACACAUACACACAUAUACACAACACACACACACAUACACAAGCGUGCGCGUAUGUGUGUUAUUGGUAUAAAAAUAACAAAUUAUUGUUAAUAAUUUGUAUUGUACUACCUAUAGAGUUUUUUUAUUUUUCUCGUCUACUCCAACUCGUCGUGUUUAUCGCGAAACCCGAUCGUCACCAUCGGGUGAUUACGGCACCGGAUACUUACGACGGGGCUUCCGACGUACCGCGACUAUGGAAAAUCAGUCUGUACCCGGAUCGUUAUUCGAAUGUUUGUUGUUCGACGGCGCCCUGACGUGAAAUCUCGAAAGUAAUUUGGGUUUUUUCGGUUGUUAAUGCGCGUCGGAUUUCCCGUCCGCGUAUGAGACGUUGGGCUUCCGGUGUACCGCCAUUCGCGUCGUACCACUUCGGUCUUAUUUUUUCCCGCCGGUGAACUGUGCUUUACGCCGUCGCACGGUGUACACAUAUACCGCUGCUAACGCGUCCGUCCGCUACCUGCGUCUGUGUUGCAUGAAAUACUGGCACCGUGCACGAUAUGUCCAAGAAGAAGGAUCAUGAUAGAAAAGGUCAGUGGUCGUGGGCCGACAACAUUCAUCCCAAUGAUAUCACCUACGAAAAUGUCCUCAAAACUUAUCGUAUUGGACAGUCCAAGUGCAAACCUCUGUCUUGCCGUCGUAAUUGCAAGAAUAAUCCAUAUUGUUUAUCUGGACUUGGUGAACAACGUUGGCUUCAAGAUAAAGUACGCACUCCUGUUAGUGACUAUGAAGAUCCAGAACUUGAACGACGACAAAAUAAUAAGUUUGUUGGUUUAAAAAACUUAGGUGCAACAUGUUAUAUUAACAGUCUUCUGCAGUUGUGGUUUCAUAACAUUAACUUUAGAAAAGCAAUAUUUAAUUGGAAACCUGAAGAAGAUUCAAUGGAAGGACAAAAUAAAUCUCUUUUCAUUGAAAAUGCAUAUACUCCAGAGACUAGUGUUGGUCAUUUACAAUUAGUAUUUGCUUUGAUGCAGUUUGGUAAACAACGAUCAGUUGAUCCUGAAGACUUUAUUACAACUUUAAGAAUCAAUACUGCACUACAACAGGAUGCUCAUGAGUUCUCAAAUUUGUUCCUAUCAGUUUUAGAAAACAAGUUUAGUACACAAUCUGAUGCUUCUGUUAGAGACAUGGUGAAAGAUAAUUUUCUUGGAGAAUAUAAAUAUGUUACUACAUGUUUAAAAUGUAAAACUAAAUCUACACGCCCAUCAACAUUUUAUGAACUUGAUUUGAACAUAAAAGGUCAUAAGACAUUAAAUGACAGUUUGCAAGAGUUCUUAAAAGAAGAACAUCUUACUGGAGAUGACAAGUAUUACUGUGAUCAUUGUGAUAGUAAACAAGAUGCUGUGCGAAAAAUAUGUUUAAUCACAUUACCUCCUGUGUUAAAUAUUCAAUUGAUGCGUUUUGUUUAUGAUAGACAAACAAUGCAAAAAAAGAAAUUAAAUACUUACAUACAGUUUUCACAAACAUUAGACAUGGGGCAAUAUUUAAAUUUACCUGUCCAACCUGAUGAAUCUUCAAAAGAUAAACAUAUGUACAAUUUAUGUGCAGUUCUUAUACAUAAAGGUUCAAGUGCAUAUUCUGGUCACUAUGUUGCCCAUAUUAAAGAUAUUGCUGCAGAAGAAUGGUAUAAAAUUAAUGAUGAAAAUGUUGAAAAAUUAAAGGGUAAAGGUUUAAAUUUGUGUACUGAAGAUGAGUUUAAACUUAAUGGUUCAAAAGUUGCUAAAGCUCCAAAAAUUCAAAAAGGAAUGUUGCAAACAAAUGAUGCUUAUAUGUUGGUUUAUAUGCAUACUAGCAUGAUAAAAAAACUGAAAACAGAAUCUUUUGAUUGGAAGUUAUCACCACGUUUGACUCAUCUUGUUGAUGCUCGUAAUAAUAACUUUGAAAAUGCAAUAUUAAAUAUUAAAAGUAAUCGUGAAUAUGUAGAAGACAAAGAUAAAGUUUUUGUCGAACAAAUGUUGAAUUUGAUAACUGAGAUGAAUUCAAUACCAGCAAAAGAAGAAGAUAGAGAGGCUAUUUCAUUGCAGUGGCUUAAUUAUUGGUUUAAAAUCACACCAAAUCAAAGUGUUAAAGAAAUAAAUAAUCAUGCUAUAUUAUGUAAACAUGAAUUACUUGAUCCUGAUAAAGUGCAUGAAGCUAAAUACAUUGGAACUAAACUAGCUGAUAAAUUGUAUGGUAUCUACCAAGGAGGCCCAAGACUGAAGUUGAAUUCAUCCUUAUGUUGGAAAUGUGUUAGAAAUAAAUGUGCCUUAUUAUACACAAAAACAUUAACUACUGAACAAAACAAAACUAUAACUUCAAUUUUACAAAAUUGGGAACCCACUACUAUUAAUAAUAAUAAUUCAAGUCGUGAAACUAACUUUUGGGUUGGUAAAGACUCUUUAAAAAGUUGGAGGCGAAUGUAUUUAGAGUUGUUUGAAUAUUUUGUGAAUAACCAUGAUAUACCUCCAAAUACUGAUCUGCCACUUAAUCCAAAUUUGUUGUCUCCAGUAUUUUAUCCUUCAAAUAAUUUAGUUGAAGAAGAUAGGAAAUACUUCAAAGCAAAAGUUAUGAAAAUGGAUCGUAUUACGUUGGAGUCUAUGGAUGGAUAUCGUAAAAUUGCUCAUUUACUUGUUAAUAAUUCAUUAUCAAUUUUUAAAAUUUUGAAGCUCACUGAUUUCAAACCAUUUCAUUGUUCCUUGUUAGAAUUGGAAUCAGUUUUAGAAGAAAUGACAAAUAUACUAUCUACAGUUAUUGCUAAAAAUGUUAAUGAUGAAUUAGCUAACGAAGAGAAAAAAAUAAAACAAGAGGUUAUUAAUGAGAAUUAUGAAAAGAAUAAUUUGCAUAACGGUGUAGUUAAAAUUGAGAAUGAAUCAAAAACAGACGAUGAACACAAAGAUGAUGAUGUAGAGUAUAAUAGUCAAGAAGAAAAAGAUAAACACGAUGAUUCAGAUUCUAUAGAUAAAAAUGAUAUAGAGUAUAUGUCAUGGAUUUUCAAUGAAGACAUAACUUGUUCACAUGGAAACAUGACUAUUGAAAAUAAUACAAGAAAAUUGGUUCCCGAAACUGUAUGGAGUGUACUUCAUUCUUAUUUUCCCAAAGCACCAAUAUUUACUGAUGGUAUUGAACCUUGCAAUAUGUGUCGAAGUAUGCAUAAUCAAGAUGAGAUAACCAAAAAUCUUCAUCGGCAAUCAGCCAUUACAGAAAAAGAAUUACUAAGUGAUUUACUAUUGAAUAAAAAAAGACCAGUUCCUUCUCAUGAAAAUUCUCCAUAUCCUUGUGUUUCUAAAGAAUUUUUAGAAUCUUGGCGAAAAUUUAUCAGAAAUCCAUCUAAAGAACCUAGGCCAAAUGCAAUUGUUAACGAAGUAAUACUUUGCAAAGAACACUCUGGACUAUUAUUUGAACCACCAUCAUUAUUAUACCCAACAGAACAAAAUCCAAUAGAACUAUUAACUGUAGAAGAAUGGGAGAUUCUUUCACGUUGUUACAAAACUGAUUAUGCAGUUUAUGUAUACUUUGAUGAACUGGGAGUGUUUAAAUCAUCCAAACCAGAAUUCUGUGAACCGUGUCGUCAGAGAAGGCUAGACGAAGAAAAAAGAGAACAGUUAAAAUACAAUAAAGCAAAAAUUUUCAUUAAAGUGGUCGAAAAAGAAGAACGUGAGCUUAACUUCAAACACAACGGAAGCUAUGAUAAGGAUGAGUUAUGGGGAAAUUCUUCGAAGAAAAUUAAACUGGAUUCAAACGCUGUGAACGGUGGCGGCGUUUCAGCAACGGCCACCACUCCUAUGGAAGUCAACAAUGGCGGUGGCAACCCAGAGUUGGGCAUCAGAAGGAGUGCACGGAAUCGAAGACCUAGGGGCGAAUUGAUAGUGGUCUCUUCCAACGACACGUUGCUUGAUCUCAAAAUGAAGAUCAUGGGCGCAUUCAAUGUCAUGCCCAAUGAUCAGCAUCUUAAAACAGCAGAAGGAGUUCAGUUAAAUGACAACGAAGCGACUUUAGCAGAUUUAGCAAUCCUUCCCGACACAUUGAUUCUAGCAAAGUUUGAUGAACCCACAGAAGACUUGCCGGAAUUCAUCGCCGAAGAAGAAGCUGGUUUUAAAGGUACCGAGCUUAUGAGUUGAAACGUUCGAAUUAAAAAUAUGAUCAUCAUAUAAUAUGCAUAUAUCCAUUUAUAUAUUUAUAUAAAAACAUUAAAUUUAAAAA